GUUUCAUUGUUGAUGCGAAAGGACCAUGAUCCAAUCUAGUCGUACCUAGGAGGUGUAGGCUGUAGCUAGCCAACACAACUAGUGAGCAGUCUAGAUAAACAGUGCGAAAUUACUUCUAAGAAUCGUGUUACACGUAUAUUUUAUAUAAAGCGACUUAGCCUAGUUACGUCUGCAGCCUUCCAAUAAAUCAACAGCUUAAUCUCGCUAGACUAGCUAGCGACGCUGACAACAAACUAGCUGGCUACAGUGAGCCAACUGUUGUUAGCCUGCUUGCAAACCUGGGUUUACAACUUGAUCCUGUACACACAGACAAUUGGUGGCAUGCAAUCUCCCGACAUUCUUCGUGAAGCCACUGAUUGGCUGUGAGCGCAGGACUCUGGAAUUCAGAAACCAGAAUGGGGAUCAAUUCAAUAUUGGGCCAGCGGGCCACUCUUUGGACCAAAUAAGAAUUCUGACAACACUCCAAGAGAUCAGCACCCAUCCAUGGACAAGCUCAGGGAGGACAUUUUGAACCUGUGCCAGCAUUACCCACAGGGACUUCCAUUACUGAAAAUACCACUGCUUUAUAGGGCAAUGUAUAAGAAACCACUGGACCUAGGCCCUGAUGGGUUCCUGGAGGGAUUUCUGGAAGCUAUGGCUGAUGACCUCACUUUGGAGUGCACCCAAGCAGGCGUGGCAGUUAGGCCUGCCCAGUUUCACCCACCCCACUGUGAUUCAGCACAACCUUCCCCUCAUCGGUAUCAUCCAGCUCAGGUGCCUGUUGAGGCUCCUCCAGUAGUCCCGACAAAAGAUUGUAAUAAAGAAGCUGUGCUGCAGCAGCUGCAAGUGGAGAUUCUGUACUUGCUGCGCUGUACUCCAGGUGGUGUGGAACUGCCCAAGUUGUGCAGCAAGUACAGGAAACUGUAUGGACGGAAAUUAACCCUCUCCCACUAUGGCCUGGGAGGUCUGCAGGAGCUACUAGUGCUGUUGGGGGACCAGGUAUGCAUGGAGCAUGUGAACAACAAGAAUGUGCUGAAGGAGGCAAGCCAGAGGAACUGCAGCCAGCAUCUGACUGAUAACGGUCCGACUGCUAGUGGGCCAGGCUGCAGUCCUUCUCCAAAGAAGAUGGGUAAAAAAGUGGAGAAGGCAUCCCUGGAGGUUCUGGAGCUGUUGAAACAGCACCCAGAGGGUAUUCCAAUAAAGAACUUAGCCAAUGCCUUCAACAAGAAAUAUCAGAAAAAACUAAAAAUAUCCAAGCUUGGAUUCUCCUCUGUGGCCCUGUUUGUGGAAUCCCUUGGGGAUGAGGUGCUUAUUGAUCAGGAAGUAGUUUUUCACAGAUCGCACAUACCUCCCGGUGGGAGAACCAGGACUCCGGAGCUUCCCAAGCCGCCCUGUGGCGUUCCUGUUGGCGCUCUUGUUGGCUUUCCUGUUAUCGCUCCUGUUGGAUCAGUGCAGGUUGGUAACGGCUCUGCAGUGCUUUCGUCCAGCGGCAGGCCCUUCCUACUCUCAAAAUCUGUUGAAGACAAGAAGGAGCUGACGGACACAGAGCUUUGGAACAAUGUCACAGAAGUGUGCAAGAUCUACCCGCCUGCCCGCAUGUCUGUGGAACAGCUGCAGAACGGUUACUUCUUACACUUCCACACCCCCCUCCCACUGGAGCGGUAUAAGUCCCUCUAUGACAACCACACCUGGAUCCAGAAGCAGAUGGCAGCUGCCCCGACAAACACUUGCGGUCCGAUGGUGUGCCCAGGGCUACCUGCGCUGCGAGCAGAGUCUCCUGCAGGUGCCCAGAAUGGGAAGGUGCAGUUAGCAGGGGUGACCAACGGGGACGUGAAUGCAGUGGUGGGGGCUCCAGUGGGACCCCUGGUGCCAGCCGCCCUAACCCCAGCACUCCCAAGGGGCCUUUCCGGGGCUGACUUUCCCGCCCUGGGGACCAAACUGUCCAAGGGCGAGGAGAAGAAGCUGAAGCAGAGCCCAGCGGGAAAUGCGCCACUGUUCCGCGAGGGUUACUACGCUCAGGUGAGGGAAACGCACCGCGCCGCCAUGCAGGAUGCGGACGUGCUGGAGAGCGAGGCCGAGUCCAGAGACAGGCGGAAGAGUAGGGUCAGCGUGGAGGAGGCAAACAGCCUGGCUGAGAACGUCAUCCGGGCCAUCGCAGCCGAUGGAGAGCAGGUCACCGUUGAGAAGGUGUGUUUCAGGCUCUGUCAGAUUAAGAAAGUCCAGUCUCUGCAGUCGGUUGGUAUUGACCCCAGACGGCAGCUUUCAGCUAUUAAGGACUUUCUGCGCACGAUUAAAGAAGUCAACCUCUACAUUCAGUCUGUAGAGGCUGUGCAGACAGUUUGUACCCUUUAUGAACUCGGGCAAUGCCUGGCAAGCCUGAAGAACAUGAAAAGAUUUGAGGAGCUUAACCUUGGGCCCCUCUGCAAAAUACCACUUGUACACAAGAUGUUUCAAGUCGACUGCAACACAAAGGAUGAUGACAUUACCCAGAUUGAAACGGUGGACAUUAUAAGGAGUCUGCGAGAUUACAAGCGGAAGCAGAGAGCAGAGAGAGUUAACCUGGCAGACUUCCUGAAGUAUUUGGCUGACCAGUUCAACUGUGAAUCACCCUACAACCUUGGGGUCAGGAUAAACAGUAUUGGAUUAGCUAUUUCAACCUUGCAUAAGGCAGUGAGGUCAGAGCACACUGCUAUGGACAAGGCCAAAGAUAUCAUCCAGAUGGAGAUUGAGGAAGAGGUGAAGAGCAAAAUGAUGAAGAUCAAAAAGAGCAUUCUGGAAGCGGCACAGGGCCCUGCCCCCUCCUCUGCUGCCAGUGUGGACUUGAGACGGAAGUAUGCCUCCCUGACUGCAGCGGAGGUCGUACUGGAGGUCUUCACUCAUGCUGAAAAAGUCUUCAGCACCCGGUUGGCCAAGCAUGUUCGGGAGUUCCUAACACGUGUGACAGGGGACCGGCUGGCCACCGCCCUGUUCCAGUUAGCCAUCUGUGGUGGGUCUCUGGAGGUACCUCAGGACUUGGUGGCAAAGGAAAAAGCUCACAAGCCAACCCAGGAAAAAAAUAAAGGGGAGCAAAAAUGCACCGCACCGCCCCCCAGUGAGGCUGCUGUAAAGCAGUACCUCCAGGACAGCAUGGCCAGCUUUAGUGGCGUGCUCUCCCUGCCCUACAUGUCCAGACUGGAGAAGAAGGUGUCUGAGCACUUCCGGGUCAGCCAGUUCAGCCAGCUGGAGCAGGGGAACUUCUUGGAGUUCCUGGUGAAACCAGGAAUCAGUCCGAUCCUGCAGGAAGCUGGAGGGGGCACUCUCGCUCUGGGCAGUCAGGACUCCCAGGCCUGUGGCUUCAGGCCCAGCCGGCAGGAUGUGUUUGAGUUCAUCAAACAGUGCGGGGUCGAGGGCCAAGACAGAGUCCCCUUCAUUGAAUCUGCCUUGCGGAGUCACUACAGGAUUAGGGACAGUCGGGAGCUGGGCUUUGGUGCCCUCUCCACCCUUGUGGGCCAUGUCGUGCGGCAGAAGCAGCUGAAUGCCCCCUUCAGCACCAGCCUGGUACGCUACGAGUCUCCGCUGUUCGUCAAAGACUCCAGGGGCUCUGUGGAUGAGAAGGUUGGCCUGCUGGGGCCAGUGACUCGUGAAGAUGCCGUGGCCAGCUUGGUGUCUGCUCCUCUGCUGGAGGACCUCGCUGAGUGGGCUGAGUGGGAGUUGGUGUUCGAACGCCAGCACGGCCCAUUGAAAGACUUCAUGGAGAGGCACUGUGGUGCUCAGUCAGACCUUGCCGCACUGGAGGUAAGGCCUGGUGUGUUGCUAAGGAUCAGCACUUCCAGCAAUGAUAAGCUGUUCUCAGAGGCAGCGCAGGAUUUGGACCCUGUCGGUACCGCAGGGCACUUGGUCUCCAUUGUGGUGGCUGAUGGGAUAGCCAACGCUCCAGCAGCUCUGCUGGCCAAUCACAUGGAGAGCUCACUGGCACCAGCUGUCACUCAAGAAGAUCUAUCAGUGACUGAAGAUCCAGCGCGUUAUACCAGAGUGGCAAAGUUCAUCCUUGACUGUCUGAUCAGAAUACCAGCACGGAUUUGCAAAGCCUUUUUACAGCAGGUGUUCCUGGAGCCCCUCUCCAGAGUGCUGGGGCAGGCCAAAUCUAAGGCUGUCCUUCUGCAAACGGCAAAGUCGGACACCCGCUACUUAAACCAACUCCACCAUCUGGGCCUGCUGUUGGGCAUGACAGAGUGGGUGAAGGACUUCCAGACCAAGCUGAGCCCGCCAAAGCUGCCUGCGGUUCCAUCGCUGAUCAAGAAGCCCCAGUCAGCAGACUCCAUGUCCAUGAGCAGCAGGUCGUCUGCAGUGGACCUGGACGAAGACCUCCUUGAGGAGUCCAGGCCCGAACCUGACUUCAAUUCUGAAACGUCAUCCCUGAGUUUUACCGACCAAGAUGAUGAUGAAGGACAGAAAUUUGAACUUGUGCGGAAUGCUGAAGGCUGUGUUGAUGGCGAGAUGGCGGAUGAUGACAGCAAGGACGUGAGGGGAGAGCAGCUGCAGAAGGAGGGUCCGGAUGGGGCGGAGCCCACUGCGAACGAGGCAGAGGACAGACUGAGCAAGUGCAGAGCUGUCAUCAAUGACAUCAGGAAAAGCGAAUUUGGCAUUGGUGUUGAGCUAAAUGAAGAAGGUCAGAAGUUGAUGAAGGUUCACCAGGAGCGACUUGGAAGGAGUCUGGAGCGUCUGUCUGCUGAGCUCUACAGCAAGGACACCCACUUUGUGUUGGAGCUUAUCCAGAAUGCUGAUGACAACAGCUAUCCUUUGGCUGGGGAUGUGCAGCCAGCUCUGGCCUUUGUGUUGGAGAAGGACUGCAUCACCAUCCUGAAUAACGAGAGUGGCUUUGAGGAGAAGAAUAUCCGAGCCAUCUGUGACGUAGGCCGCAGUACCAAGGGAAAGCACAAAUAUGGCUACAUAGGACAGAAGGGCAUUGGCUUUAAGUCCGUGUUCAAAGUGACAGACUGUCCUGAAAUUAAUUCCAAUGGCUUCCACAUCUGCUUUGACAAGAACAGCGGGCCCAUGGGCUACAUUCUGCCGCACUGGCUGGAGGAAGAGAGGCCUGUGUGCACAGACCUGCUGGAGCUCAAGCAGCACAGCUGGAGCACAAAGAUAUCCCUGCCCCUUCGGUCGGAGAGCUACCAGACGAGGAACCUGUUCCAUGACGUGCACCCCUCUCUGCUGCUCUUCCUGCACCGCCUGCGCUCCAUCACCAUCGUCAACCAGAACGAUAAGCGGCAGGUGUCGAUGACUCGCCGGGACCUGAGCCACAACAUCCUGGAGGUGCAGCACACUGAUGGCGUGGAGCGCUGGCUGGUGGUCAAGCGCAUGCUCAGCCCCAGGAUGAUUAAAGAGGGAGUGGAGUCCACUGAGCUGGCCCUGGCCUUCAAGCUCACAGACUCUACCUCUGAGAUGAACAUUCAGCCUGAGAAGCAGCCAGUCUUUGCUUUCCUCCCUCUCCGGAGCUUUGGAUUUCGCUUCAUCAUCCAAGGUGACUUUGACAUCCCCUCAUCCAGAGAAGACGUGGACCGGGACAGCUACUGGAACCAAUGGCUUCGAUCAGAAAUCCCCCAGCUCUUCCUGCACGCCAUGGACACAUUUGCAGAACAUCCAGAAUUCUCUGGUCUGCAAGGGCUUUGCCACUUCCUGCAGUUCAUCCCACUUCCUGAUGAGAUCCUGGACUUCUUUAACCCAGUGGCUGGCCGGAUCAUACAGCUACUCAAAGGCAAAGCUUGCCUUCCCACCAAGGAGCGUGAAGAUGGCAGUGUGGAGUACAAGCUGCCCUCGCAGAUUGCCGUGUCACAGGACCCGCUCAUCCAGGAAGUGAUUGGGCCGGAACAUCUCCACAGACACCUGAACCUGUCCUACCUGCACCCCGCCCUGCAGUCUGCCCUGCCCCCCUCUCUGGUGUCUGCUCUCGGGGUACACCGGCUGAGGGCGGCAGAUGUGGCAGUUGUCACCUGCGCCAUGGCUAAGGAACUCAUCGACAGUGAUGGCAACCUCUCAGACUCCUGUCUGAAGAAGGUGGCCAAGCUGCUGGUGUGUAACUUCCGUGCCCUAGAGCAGGAGUACAGUGAGGCGGACACCAUUUUGAAGGCACUCAAAGACAUUCCCAUCAUCCCCUUGGCUGAUGGUCGCAAGGUGGCCCUGAGCGAAGGGGGCAUCUUCUUCCCACUUUUAGAUGAAAAUAAGUCACAAUCGGGCAUAGAGGCACUGUACAAAGACCUAAGCAUUGUGGCCCCCGGACUGCUGGAGUGUCUGGACCCCCUGGGGAACUCUCAAGUGAGGGAACUACUCAAGAGGCUGGAGGUUCACCAGCUGGAGCCACAGGAAGUCCUCCACAACCACAUCUACCCUGCUCUGAAGAGUGGAGACUGGAAGAGGAGGCCAGAUGACAUCAUUAUCAGCUAUGUGGUGUUCAUCAAGCAGAACUCUCGUGACCAGGACUACAACACCUUAAACACCGCAAUUCCUGUGUUGACCAACAAAGGUUUCCUCUGCCCCAGUCAGAGCAAAGUGCAGUUUUCAAAGGACUAUGGCAACAUCGACCUGCCUAAGAAGCUCCCAGGUGUGGAGUGGGUGCUGCUGGACCCCUGCUAUCUGAAAGCCCACCGAGACCCGCAGGGCUGGAGAGAGUUCUUCAGUGCCCUGGGAGUGCAGGACCUGCUCAUCUUCAAAAAGGAGAAGCGCACCAUGUCAUCGGAACAGCUGGCCUCCAGCCCUUGGGCCGCGGACUGCGCGCGGUGGCCCCGCCCUGCGGACGGCCUGUACGUGGUGGAGGAUCACGAGUGCGAGGAAUUCCGCUCGCUUGUCACUGCUGAUCAGCUCCCUGACCAGCUCAAACGGGAGCAGAGGCUGGAGCUGCUGAAGUUGUUGGACCAAAACUGGGUCACUGGAGACAGGUAUUCUCAGUACGUGAAUGCUCAGGUGCUUGGCGGCGAGGGACGGAAUCUUAUAUCCAAAUCGUCAUUCUUCCACUUCCUGACCAGUCUCCCGUGGGUUCCCGCCGAGAGGAUAGAGCCUGGGAAUUUUGACAAGAGCUCUGUGGAGUACUUGCGUCCCAGUGCUGUGCACCUGUACUCUCCUGAACUCUACAAGCAGCUGGGAAUCCAUGUCAGUUAUGUCAAGAUGGACCCCAGCGAAUUCUCCAACACUGUGGGAAUGAAGCACUCCAUCACUGUGGAAGAGAUGAUUGCACAUUUGAAAUCGUGGUGCACAGAAGCGUCAGAGAGCUGCCCCCCGAAAGAGGACAGGAAGGACUUCAUCACCACCGUGGAGCACGUGCACAACGUCUACAGCUACCUGUACAGAGAUUGCAGUCCGGUGAAGCUGAAGGAUCUGUUCCAGCUGACUGCGGCUGUCUUCAUUGAGUUUGAAAGAAAAGAGCAGUGGUGUUCCGGGAGGUUCUACAUGCUGAAGGAGGUGUGCUGGAGUGACCCCACAGGGAUGUUCAUGAGGUAUAAGGAUCUCGUCCGCAAGUCAGGCGGUGAGGUUCAGGAGCCCAAGCUUCUGGCCCCCUUCUACAGCCAGUUGGAGAACAUGAAGGAUUUCUUCCUCAAGAUUUUGGGUGUGGACCCACACCCAUCUAUGAAGCAGUAUGUUGACCUUCUGGAGCUCAUUUGUGCCUCAUCGUCUCUUCCCAAUCCCGAACUGCUACAGGAUGUCAAUGCCAUUUACGCAAAGCUAGCUGAAAAAUGCAAAACCCAGUCUGGAGCGCAGGAACAAGAUGCUCAGCUGAUACCCAACUAUUGCAAGACUCUCAAGACUAUGCUGACUGACAAGAAAGUGUUCCCCACUAUGGAUAACCGCUGGGUAACUUUGUCUCUGCGGCCACUAAUUCCUGACGACAAGAACCUGGAGAACAUCUUCAAACCACACAGAGAAGUUUGUUUGCUCAACCUACCAAAAGCUGCCCAGAGACCAUUGCACAAGUCUAACUUCAACCCAGGGAAGAGGAUGAUGGGCGAGAAACAGGUGGCAUUCAACGAGAGUGACAGGGACCUGUUUCUGAAGAUCUGCGAGGUGAAGACGCUCUCACAGUGCGUCACUACGGAGGCCCUGACAGAGAACUACAGACCAUGCCAACCCUUACAGGCUCUCUUCCAUAAGGUGGUUCCCUACGUCCAGAAAUUCCUCUGCCACCAUGAGGAAUUGGGCUACAUCUACAAUGAGCUGAAGGAGAACCACAUUGCCCAGCUGGUUAAGUCGCUGUCUUUUGGCCAGGUCGGCAAACUCUACAGAGUGUAUCGACUGAACUUGUCUGAUGAGCAGUCUAUCAUUGAACAAAGGAAGGUUAUCUGCCUUUUGAAAGACAACAAGGAAUUUUACAUCCAGAAAGACAACCUCACGGCCAAGCUGGACAUCAGCAGAGAGAUGGCCAAGCUCUUUAUCACAGACAUCAAGUAUAUGAAGGAACUGCAUACCUUCUUCCUAGAGCUCCUGACCAGUCUGGAUGAUAAAGGCGCCUUGAAAAGCUUCCUGCGUGAGAAUGACAUCAAAGACCUGCCAGACUCUGAGGAGAAAUGGGAGGUUCCAGAACCUUUGGAGAUGAAGCCAGAACUGCCAGUGUUUUCUGGAUUCCAGUUCAGCCGCUCUACGAGUGUAGCAGGGGAGGAGCGCAGAGAAGAGCAGGGGGAUGGAGAGAGGACUUUGGCAUCGUGGCCCCCCAAUUCUUCCUUCCACAAAACUCAAGGCGGCCACACAGCGCAGGCAGUUGAAGCGGUGAUGAAGAUGUGGCCCCCUCCAGCCCCGCCAGCUCCUGCGGACAGAGAAACGACUCCGGGACUCGGCUGCGAUGGUAGAGCUGAGGAUUCACAGCGGAGAGAGCAAGGGCAUGCAUACCCACAGGGCAGCAAGCCAAGUGGCAACACCCCACCCUCAGCAGACAAGAAUCAUGAGACAGGCACGCGAAUGGCCCAAUAUUCCGACACCAUGUCGUUGGAGGCAAAUGAAAGCUGUGGUGCAGUAGCUAAGUCUGAUGUUACAAAACCUGAAGAGAGAAAGUCUGAAGCAGGAAGGCCUGACACCAACAGCCACGAUCAAUACCAGCAUGCCGAGAACACCGUAGCUCCGGAACACCAAACGCCUCGUUCCUCACAUCCUCCAAAUCACAAGGAAGCCGCAGUACCAGAUGUGGUGGUGUCCAACUCAUUCCAGGGCAAUGGGAUUGUUCCGCGUCCACCCCUGGUACUGGAUAACCCAGUGUGGGCAAAGCAGCUGCCCCCGCAGGCUGUUCUAGAAGACCUGGUUCUGGACUGCUGGAGGCCGAAGACCGUGGUGUUCGCAGAGGACAAGGAGGACACUGGGUCUAUUGGGGAGUGGGGCGAGCAGCUGGUUAAUGCCUUCUUCACACACUGGAAGGAGAGCGGGAGUCCUGAUGGCCCCAGGGAGGUAACCUGGUACAACAGCAGUGGAGAAAGCGGGCAGCCGUGUGACUUCAAGAUCGUCUUUGCUGCAGACGGGCAAGGGAUAAACGGCUGUCACGAGGUCUUUGUGGAAGUGAAGUCCACAGUCAAGCCCGAUAAGCACUUUAUCCAACUCUCAGCCAAUGAGCUAGACCUGGCCCUAAAGGAGAAGGAGAGGUACCACAUCUAUAGAGUAUACAAUGCUGGGGAUUCGCAAAAUGUCCGUCUUUGUCGCAUCAAAAACGUGGCCCAGCAUCUACAUUCCAAGGAGUUGGAGCUGUUUUUAUUUGUGUAACCAUUGUUGACCUUGAUAUGUUUUUAAUCAAAUAAUUAUUUUAUUUUAUUUUUUUUUUAGUUUGCCAAUGAAUCAUCUUUGAUAAAUUUACAUACUAGCUAUAUUUUUAAGUAAGGGGUUUUAAAUUGUUGGAAGAAAUCUUUUUAUUUCUGCUUUUAUACUGUAAGGUAAAUUAACGCACUAAUCUUUCACUGUUGAAUAUCCAUGUGACGUAAUUAAAAGGUAUUUUUACUCUCUACAUCCAUUAAUGUUUCAGGUUAUGUACCAGCACUGAUUUUUGAAGUGACCUGCAAUUUAAGCACAUCCUGUGCAUAUUUUAGUGAAAUUGUUUCAAAUAUUUUAAUGUCAAUUUGAAAUUCCGACCAGUUGUACCUGCACUGAAUGCUGUGAACAUAUUUUAUGUUUACUCUUAUAUGUACUAUUUACCCUUUGUCAUUCUGUGGUUGUUAAUUUUGUUGUGUCAAGUACUGGGGAUAUUUUCAAAAAAUUAGUUGACAUAUUUCCUUUUUAUUUUUAAUUAAAGUGCAGUAUACAUA